AUGCUUGCCUACUCUGUCCAGCCCCCGCCGCUGUCCUUCAGGAAGAACUCUAGUGUAUCGACGAGAAGAACUAAUGACCGCUCCCCCCUCCCCCGCCUAAACUCCUCUUAUUUCCCGCCAGCCCCAUCGGCGCCACCGCCGCCGCCCGCAUCGGCCCGCUCGCCGUCGCCAUUAAACUCGCCCUAUCUCUCCGACGUCGACGAGGACGAGGAUGGGAUCGCAGACGUCCUCUACAACGGCGACUCGGUCGGCCCGCUCCUGCUUGGCCAGCCGCUGCGCCCCGCCCGCCUGCCCAACGCGGCUGAUCUCCCGCCGUCGCCCGACCAGCCGCCCAGGGACGCAGAGUACGAGGUCGUGCGAAAGCUCGGCACCGGUUCCUACGCCGUCGUCUAUCUCGUUCGCGAGGUGCUCGACCGCCCUCUGAGCGACGACGGCCAUGUCGGCUCCCUCGACAUGGACGGCCAGACGGACCGGAUCGUCUACGGCAAGGAGUACGCGCUCAAGCUGCUCUCCAAGGCCAACCUCGACGACGAGGCUCUCGCAGCCCAGCUGUUCGAGGCAACCGUUCACCAGUCCCUGCCGGCGCACCCGAACGUCGUCUCGCUCCACAGGUCGUUCGAGACGGACUCGUACCUCUGCCUCCUGCUCGAGUAUGUCCCCGGCGAGGACCUCUUCUACUUCCUCGAGCAGGCUCGCGACCACAUCGUCCCGCCUUCGCCUUCUCCCCCUGCUUCUCCUUCGGCCGAGACUUCCCGCACUCCGCCCACGCCCGGCCUGCUUUCGUCAAUGCACCCCAACCAGCUGCUUUCGCCCGUUCGCCUUCGCCUGAUCGCCAGCAUGUUCGCCCAGAUGUGCGACGCGGUACAAGUCUGCCACGAUCACGGCGUCUUCCACCGCGACAUCAAGCCCGAGAACUUCAUCGUCACCGACGGGUACGUGGAGGUCGACGGCCGCCGCGAGCGCAAGGUGCUCGUCAAGCUCUCCGACUUUGGCCUGUCCACGACCGAUACCGAGAGCGGUGACAUGGACUGCGGCAGCGCGCCUUACAUGAGUUAUGAGUGCAGGAACAACGUCGCGCCCACGUACAGGCCACGCGCCGCCGACGUCUGGUCCCUCGGAAUCGUCCUCAUCAAUAUGCUCUACCACUGCAACCCCUGGACGGACACUGCCGACGGCGUUUGCCCUUCGUUCACCGCCUUCCGCGCAGCACCCCAGGCGUUCCUGCUCAACCGUUUCGCUGGUCUCACUCCCGCCGUCGCCUCCUUCCUCGCCGAGCGCGUCUUCUGCAUCCUCCCGUCCUCGGGCGAUGACGCCAUCCGCGCGACCGCUCGCGAGUUUGGCACCUGGGUCCGCGAACUGCCCUCGCACUUUGCGCCCACCGGCGUCAUGGCUCGGACCGCAUCAUUCCGCGGCCAUGCCCGCGGUGGCAGCUUCUCUUCCCUUUCUGGAAUCGACCAUGCGCUCGGCUCCGUACCGCCCUCGCGCCGCCCCAUCUCGCGCGCCGGCAGCACCGCUUCGCCUCGCAUUGGCGCCCUCUCCCUGUCUCGGGCCAUGUCCCGCGCUCCCAGUACUGGAGCGCACGACGCCGAGACCCGCCUGGCGCCCGUCACGACCGAGCCCGAGACGAUCGCGGAGGAGGAGGACGAUGACCAGGAUGAUGCGCAGAGUCGCGCGAGCACCAGCACCAAGCGCAGGAAACGUGGCGCCCGCAAGGGCAAGUCUUCCGCUGUGCCGCCCAGCCCCGCGCUCGACACCAGCGAAUUGCUCGCGAGUGCCAGCCAGAACCUUGCGCGUGAGCUUUCGCGGGCUUCGCGCGGUACCGGCGCCAGCGUCAAGAGCGUUAGCCCGAGCGUGAGCAUGUCAAGUCUCGGCGUGCAGCACAAGCAGAGCCUCUCCAAGCUAUCCAUGGGCAUGGGAUCCGCUCUCGGCGCAACGCCAGUGCCUGUCAUUCCCGUCGCGUCGCCCAUCGAGCCGCGCACGCCAGUCAAGAAGGCGAGCAAGUGGAAGCUGGGCUUCGGUUCGAAGAGCAGCGCGAGCGUGGCGACGGAGCCGCUGCCGCAGCGUGAGGAGCCCGCGUCGAUCGGCAGGGCCGCCGGUGCGGGCACUUCCUCGCGUGCGGCGAACGUCAGCAACUUGAUCAACGGUUUGGCGCCCGCGCCCGUGCCUGUCCCCAACGCGAAGGUCACCGACGAGGAGAAGUUCCGCACGCGUGGGCGUCAGCCCCGCGAGCGCGAGAUCAGCAGCAGCAGCGACGUCAGCUCGAACCACUCCAAUGCGGCCAGCAAUUUCAACGCAGCGUUCAGCUCUGGCCAGGGUACCGCUUUCGGCGGACCGCGUACGCCCGCGUCCAGCUCCACCACCAGCUUGCAUGCGUCUGGUUCGAACCUCGAGCCGCCGGCACAGCGCGAGCAAUGGUCACGCUCCCCCGUGCGCUCUAGUGCGGCGAGUACGGCCAACAGCUGGCGCAGCAGUAUGGCGAGCACCAACACGAGCUCGAGCGCGUUCACGCGGUACAGCAAUUACAGCCGCGCGAGCGUCAGCACGACGGCGACGAGCGUGAGCGCUGGAUCUGCUUCGGGUGAUUGGCGCUCGAAGCCUGGGCUCGGCUCUGCCGCCAGCAGCGUCUAUUCCGGAAAGGGCAAGGGCGUUGCGCCCGGCGAGAAGCGUGGCCAGGCGCACAACAAGUACCCGUAUGCGCUCGGCGUGCCGCCUCCGAAUGUGAAGAUGAUGGAUGGCGUGCCAUGGGAGCUCAACGAACUUCCCCGCCAAUUGCAUCCCAAGCCCCACGGCGACAUCUUCGGCCAGCCGCCCGCGCCUAGACCCGCGAGGACGAGGAAGGUGAAGGGUCAGGCGCCGUUGGGCACCAUCAGCGAGAGCGCGGGCGGUGCGAGGGUCGACGCCGGGACGAGUACGACAGAUCUGCAUGAGGAUCAGAUCGGCGAGGAGCAUGGGCACAAGGUGCAGAAGGGCCAGAUCAAUGCGCUCGCGAAGAUGCUCGGCGCGCUGCGUCGCUAG